GCGCGAUCUCGCCUACCCCAGGGAGGUAACCAUGGCAACCCUGCCAAAGUCCAGGUACCUAGAACCCGUCACACUGACAAAGUCAGUGGAAUACUCACCCGAUAGGAAUUUUAUGCUUUGCCCAGGGAGAGGAGGGUGGGCACCGAGCUUUCAAGGCAGUCUGAACGACGCAAAAGCUCUGCCAAAUUGCAACCAACAGUCAGUAACACGUGACGCUCGGCAAAGCUAGCAAUAAAUUAAGCUGUUCGAGAAGCAUGAGAGGGGGGUCCCGUUAGGUAGAGAAGGGACCGCCAACCGCUGACCAGCUUGCCUCGAUUUUAACUACGCCUAAAUUCCAUUUAGCCACAUUAAAUUCAAUACCACACGUAGUUUAUAGGUGACAUAAGAUGUAACGGCUAUGCGGUGCACAGUUAUGUCAUGCGCAGUAAUUUCAUGUACAGGGCGACCCUACAGCAAUGCAAUGACGUCAUAUUCUCUCCCGCAGCAAGGUUAAGGCCAAUCGGAAGUGAAUAGAUUUAAAACCCAAGUAACUGGAAUAAAUUUGUCGAAAGAUGUCCCAUCUAUCGGCAAGAGCUUAUAUUUCAUUUGACUGAUUCGCGAUCAAACUGCGAGUGCGCCCAUCUUCCUCUUACGUGCGUAAACGAAAGCCAAUGAUAGGCGCGCUUCAAACCUGAACCAGAUUGGGUGUUAGUUCCCUACGUGUGGCCCUCACCAUCAUUUAUACAAAAGCGUAAUUAAGGUCACCAAUAAGAUACCGUAGCUAGACCAGCGCGCAGAAGUAGCCGAUCAAAGUAUCGUUCGAUUCCUUGCUCAAUCUCCAAUUCACUCAAGACAAGAAUUCUACAGAGAAAAUCAAAAUCAGGAUAAAAAAGAAUCGACGCUUGGUUUCCUGCUAUAAAGACUGGAUUCCUAAACCCGCAAAAUGGCCCAAGUCGUUCUGAUUUUGUUUCUCGCUACUCUCGGACUGUGCGAUACCACAAAAAUAAUAACGAAUACUAAAAUGACUUCAGAUCCUGUGAAGCUAUUACUCACUCCACCAGCGCCAACUAAGGUCAUCACGCCACCAAAGAACACCCAUCCUGUUAAGCUACUACUCACUCCACCAGCGCCAACUAAGGUCAUCAUACCACCAAAGAACACCCAACCAACAACAUUACCAGUAGCAACCACAGAAGACCCAGCAACGUUGCUGAGAAAAUACCAAGUUUUCCCCACCGAAUGUGGCAUCCAGCAGCACACACCGAAUCCCACCAGAAGAAGACGUAAGCGGGUUGUCGGCGGUCAAAGCGCACAAGAAGGACAAUUCCCUUGGCAGGUGGCGCUCUUGUUUAAGGGGCAGCACUACUGUGGAGGAUCUGUCGUUCACCGUAACUGGAUUGUAACAGGAUCGCAUUGCUUUAAUCCCUUCACGUCACAUGACCCCAAAGACUGGAUCGUAAAAUUGGGAGAACAUCGCCUGCGAAACGAAGAAGUGUUUGAGCGAGCCGUACGAAUUACAAACAUAACGAUACAUGAAUGGUACAAGUCCAUGUGGUUUGAAGGAAUCACGGAUACGCCUCCUACCUACGAUAUUGCAAUUUUGAAGCUGGAGCGUCCAAUAGUGUUUAACCGUCACAUUCAACCUAUCUGCAUAAUGCGACCUGAUACUCACUUUAACUGGGGGCAGAAGUGUACAGUGUCAGGAUGGGGUCACUUGAAGUGGAACGGAUCCCAACCAAACGUCCUCAACUAUGCAGAAGUACCCAUCGUCUCACACAGAGACUGUAAUAAGGAAAAAUCAUACAACGGGACGAUCCACGGGACGGCACUAUGCGCGGGAUACCCGCAAGGCCAAGUAGACUCUUGCGAGUAUGACAGUGGUGGACCGCUGGCUUGUAAGAAGUGUGGGCGCUACUACUUGACUGGUGUUGUGUCGUGGGGUCACGAAUGCGCUUUACCUCACAAGUACGGUGUGUAUGCUCGCAUGGAGGCAUUAACACCCUGGAUGGUGUCUAUUAUAGGGGAAGAAGAAGCUGUCACAGAAGCAAUGAACGUGAGGGUGGGAUAGUAUAGUAGUAUAACAGGUUUAUUAUUGAUUCAUUAGAUUCAUUUUGGUUACUACUGAAGAGAGAUAUUUUUGUAACAUAACGAGUUUGACUCUCACAAAAUGGAUUGAAUUUAUUACGUAGAGAAGAUUUUGUUUGUUUGUGGAAAUGACGUGAGUUGACAAGGAUAAUGCAAUCGAAGUCACGCAAUAUCAUGUCCAGUCACGAGGUGUCACGAUGCCGAAAAACUGAUGUAAGAUCACGGUGGUUGGCAUAUAUGGCGUUACGUUAUGGUACUUGACGUAAAGCGUCACGUCACUUCACGAUGCUAAGCGUAUUGUGUCAGGUCGCAGUGCAAGGCGGAUGGUUUUACCUUACGUAUUCCACAACCAUACAAACUCUUCCUCCUAUUUUUACUAUUAUAUUCAAACAUAUUUUACAACUAGGAACGGAUAGACAGAAUAGAUCUAAUUUUCCCAAUUCAGAUCACGUGUCAUCCCACACGAAAAGACACAUGAUACAAAACAAUUAAAGAAUCAUAUUCUCUUGGGAAUGACGCGGUUUGAAAUGGGAAAAACAUUGUAACGCAACGAAUUCGAAGAAUAAUAGCAUGAAUAAUUUUUUCUUAAAACUGAGACGCACGACGGUAAUGCGUUAACCUUUCUUCUUCAUAUUUUUAUCGCUUAAUUCAGUGCCUUCGUAAGAUAUUACCCCAAAUGUAGUAUUCAACCUAAUACCCCCAUUUCGAGUUCGCAUUUACUCAGUCUUAGCCUCGAUUGUGUACAAAUGUACUAUUUUCUUUUAUUAAGGUCCAUUGUAUAGUAAGGCAUGUGCGCACUACGGAACAAUACGAGUUGAUUAAACUUCCAUUGGUGUUGGUUGAAUAGCUGAACUUUACUCGACGCACAACUGAGGCUAAGACUGAGCAAAAAUUAACUCGAAACUGGAGUAUUUUAGAUGAUAUACGUCAUAAUUUUAGAGUAUUAACGUAAUAUAACAUGACGAUUCGCGUCAUUAUUUUGAAAUAUUGACGUUAUAUUUUGGAAUCUUACGUCUGAUAUUUCCUUUUAUUUGAAGGACUAAGAUUGAUCCGUGUAGAAAUACACGAUAUCUAUUCUAGUAACACUAUCUUAAUUCUAAUUUCGGGAUGAAUUAUCAUCUUAAUAUAUCAUGUCUUGAAAGAAAGAGAGUAAAGAAAGGGACAAAAUAAAUGGGAGAAUGAGACUAAAAAAACAGACAACAUUGGUCUACUGCAUUAGCUAUUCAGAGGUCGAGCAAAAAAACCUGGUCGCGUUGGUAUUGCAGUGCAUUAUGGGUGUUUGUCACAGCACUUCCAAGAUGGCGUUUCCAGUGUGUCCAUGUACUGGAAAAGUCCCACAAUGCAUCGCGAUGCCAAAUCCACCCAGGUUUUACCCAACCACGUCACCGAAUGGCUGAUAUACGAAAAUGAGGACUAGGAUGUAUAUUUGCAUGAUUGUUUCAACAACGAAAAAGUAAGUGAUCGUUUACAUAAUAACCUCCACGAAAAAGCUGGGCUUUUUCAAUUUUAACAAUAAAAAAAAAGAAUAGUUAUUAGUGUAAUUAUAUUUCUAUUAUCACUACCUUUAAGGCUCUUGGCUUGGUUAUGGGGGAUCGAAAUCAAACGACCUAAACCCUAUCGAUAGGUAACACCCGAUUUUCACUACUAAAGCAAGUUAAAUGAUUUAUAUGUGUUUUAUUGAUACUUUUUUGUCCCUUGGGAAUAAAGAGUGGAUCAAAUUGAAA